AUGGCGCGUGCCAUGGGGCCGGUUCGUCUCAAGAAGGCGAACCCCAUAACUGUCGCCAUAGGCACUGUCUUGUGCAUCUUCAUUCUUUACUUCCUCGCCGCUCCCUCAGGUUCCGGCGGCGGCAGCAGCAGCGGCGUCUCCCUUGCUAACGUCAAGAAGCCGACCGUUGCCAGCCACCCUCUGUCUCCGCCGACCUCACCAUUCCGAAAACCUAUCGCCGACAAGAAUGGCAGGUCUGCGCCGCCACCCGUCGUACAUUACAACCUGAACAAUGUUACAAUCUCUGCGAACCCAAUCGAGAACAAUGAGAACGUCCUCAUCCUGACCCCGAUGGCUCGCUUCUACCAAGAGUACUGGGACAAUCUGCUGAGACUCACAUACCCACACCAACUCAUAACGCUGGGUUUUAUACUCCCCAAGAAUAAAGAAGGAAACGAGGCGACGUCGUUGCUACAGGCGCAAAUAGCCAAGACACAGAAGUCCGGUCCCGAGAAGGACCGCUUUAAAAGCAUCAUCAUCCUCAGGCAGGAUUUUGACCCGCCACUGUCCUCGCAAGACGAGAGUGAAAGGCACAAGAUGCAGAACCAGAAACCGCGGCGCGCAUCCAUGGCCAAGGCGCGCAACUCGCUGCUCUUUACAUCAUUGGGACCAUCGGUGUCUUGGGUCCUGUGGCUGGAUGCUGAUAUCGUCGAGUCCCCGCCCGACAUGAUACAGGACCUGGCUGCUCACAACAAGCCAAUCAUCGUUCCGAACUGCUUUCAGAGGUAUUAUGACGAGUCAAAGAAGGAGAUGGCUGAACGUGCAUAUGACUUCAACAAUUGGAAGGACAGCCCUACGGCCCAGGAGAUGGCAGCCAAGAUGGGCAAGGACGAUAUCCUGCUGGAAGGCUAUGCCGAGAUGCCAACGUUCCGAGCGCUUAUGGCCUACAUGUACGACGAACGGGAAGAUCUACACCUUGAGGUCGAGCUGGAUGGCGUCGGAGGCACGGCAGUGCUGGUCAAGGCAGAUGUACAUCGUGACGGGGCCAUGUUCCCUCCCUUCCCAUUCUACCAUCUCAUUGAAACAGAGGGCUUUGCGAAGAUGGCAGCACGGCUGGGCUGGAAGUCUACCGGUCUUCCAAAUUACAAGGUCUACCACUACAAUGAGUGA